AUGGCGUUGUCAUCGCGAUCAGCAGACCCCGUCGACAGCGUGGAAGACCUCCGGACGGCGAUUGAGUCGGCCAAGCAAAGGAUGGAGGAGGAACAGGCCAGAGAGCGGACACUCACAGCCGAAGUGGAGCAGGCCAAUGAGCGCCAGCGUCUGCGAAGGGAGCUCGACAAGCAUAGCAAGGCUCUGCUGGAUCAGAGACGGAAGAAUGCGAUGCAUGAGCAGAAACGAAGAUGGGUGGAUACCGACCAAUUCGGGCCGCAUCUUCCUGAAGGAUUGCCCAUUAGGCCCAAGAGCACCAAGAGCCAGCACCAAGAGAGCUGCGGAGAAAGUAUCGAUUUCGGAAACCUGGUAUCCAGCUUCGAGUAUGUUUGGAGACUCGAACAUCUAUCCUGGCUAAGAGCAUGGCUUCGGCAGGAAGAUAUGGAUGGAGUGUGGUCCCAAGUUUUCCGAGUCGCAGACGGAGAGUUCGAUUUCGGCUACAACCCAGAUGGGGGCACAGCUGAAGACGAACAGAACGGUACCCUGGUCAUACGCUGCUGGGGCAGUCGCAUUGCAUUUCGCUACCGCAUUUUCGUGAAAGCCCGUUGUGGCAAGUUUGUGCAGUGGGGUGAGACGCGUGAUGAGUUCCAAGAAUGGAAAGAGGAGUAUGAGUCCUGGGAGUAUGGCCCGGACGUGCACGAGCCGGGUUCCCGCCCGUCAUCACUUACCAGCAUGGGUAUCUUUGGGUUGAGUCACCAGCAGCUGCUUCGGUCGGAUUGGGUGGACAACGACACGCUUACUGUCAAGUUCAUGCUGGAAGUGCGACCUCAAGGAGAUGCCUACUCCGCGAGCUCCUAUACCCAACUCCUCAAAACGACGGUGAAUGUCCCCGGCCCUACGAUGGGCUCCGACAUGCUCCGCUUCUUGGAGAAAAGUGCCGGCAGCGACGUGGAGUUCGUGGUGCAAGGCGAGAGGAUCAAGGCACACUCACAAGUACUCUGCGCAAGAUCAGAAGUCUUCGAGAAGCAGCUGACCACUGGUAUGAAGGAGUCGGUCUCUAAAAUGAUCACGAUCGAAGAUUGUGAUCCGGCCAGCUUCAAAACUCUCCUGCACUACCUCUACACCGACGACCUCGGUUGCAUAGAUGAGUUGUUGUCGAAAGCCCACGGCGACGGUGGCAGCUUCUCCGGGACGCAGCUGCAAGCCUUGCUGGCCGUGAGUCACAA